AAAAAAGAAAAAAAGAAAAAAAUUCUCCACCAUAAAACUCGUUUGUAAUUCACAGCUUAAAACCAGUCUCUUUCUUUCAAGUUUCAACCUCCCAAACAAAAAUAUAAGAAUUCAGAGCCAAAAAAAAAAAAAAAAUUCCCAAACAAAUAAAUAAUUCCUGUCGCUUUUACUUGAUCCGUUCUUUUGUUUUCCUGGUCGCUCCUUCAACGACUUUUUGAUUGAAAAAUAUAUAUAGAUUAUAUAAAUAUAUAUUCUUUAAACUCUUCUUCGUGCGAAUUCACGGACGCCAGAUUUUGGAUCAAUCACCAUCGAAGUUUCUCUCUUGUUCUCGGAUUAGGGAUUUAAUUUCCACCAUUUUCAGAUCUUCGUCGGAGAUAUUCUUCCGAAAUGGGGAGUUUGGGAGCGCUUCUGAGGCAUCCGGACGACGUUUACCCGCUCAUAAAGCUGAAAAUGGCGGCCAGAAACGCCGAGAAGCGGAUCCCGCCGGAGCCGCACUGGGGAUUCUGCUACUCCAUGCUUCACAAGGUCUCUCGAAGCUUCGCUCUCGUCAUUCAACAGCUCGGCCCCGACCUCCGCGACGCCGUAUGUAUCUUUUAUCUGGUUCUUCGAGCCCUCGACACUAUUGAGGAUGAUACGAGUAUACCGACUGAUGUUAAAGUGCCUAUCCUCAAAGAAUUUUAUCGUCACAUGUAUAAUCCCAAGUGGCACUUUUCGUGUGGUACAAAGGACUACAAAGUUCUCAUGGACCAGUUUCAUCAUGUUUCGACUGCAUUUCUUGAACUAGGGAAAGGCUAUCAAGAGGCAAUUGAAGAUAUUACCAAAAGAAUGGGCGCAGGAAUGGCAAAAUUUAUUUGCAAAGAGGUAGAAACAGUGGAUGACUAUGAUGAAUAUUGCCACUAUGUAGCUGGACUUGUUGGUUUAGGUUUGUCCAAGCUUUUCCAUGCCUCUGGUUCUGAAGAUUUAUCUUCGGAUUCUCUGUCAAAUUCAAUGGGCUUGUUUCUUCAGAAAACUAACAUCAUUCGAGAUUAUCUGGAAGACAUUAAUGAGAUACCAAAGUCACGCAUGUUUUGGCCACGCGAAAUUUGGAGUAAAUAUGUUAACAAACUUGAGGACUUGAAAGAUGAGGAAAAUUCAGUCAAGGCGGUGCAGUGCUUAAAUGACAUGGUCACUAAUGCUUUAUUACAUAUGGAGGAUUGCUUGAAGUACAUGUCCGCCUUGCGACAUCCAGCUAUAUUUCGAUUUUGUGCUAUUCCUCAGGUCAUGGCAAUUGGCACUCUAGCAAUGUGCUACAACAACAUUGAAGUCUUCAGAGGUGUAGUGAAGAUGAGGCGUGGUCUUACUGCUAAAGUAAUUGAUCGAACAAACACGAUGGCUGAUGUUUAUGGUGCUUUCUAUGACUUCUCUUGUAUGCUAAAGUCCAAGGUUGACGACAAUGAUCCUAAUGCAAAGAAAACAUUGAGCAGGCUAGAAACGAUACAGAAAACAUGCAGGGACUCUGGGACCCUUAACAAAAGGAAAUCUUAUGUACUCAAGAACGGAUCAAGCAAUUCUGCUCUGAUUAUCUUGUUCAUUAUAUUAGCCAUCAUUUUUGCCUACCUUUCAGCGAACCGGCCAAAUAAUUAAUUUUCUUGUUUGAUUUGUGCAGAGUUGUGGCGUUUAUGAAUUUACGUCAGGCAUAAGUGGCUGGUUUCACAAAGUACAUGCCUUGUACUAGAAAACAAAUGUUGCUAUUCUGUGUUGCAUAUUUAAGGAAAUAUUUGUGUGAUUGUGUGUAAUCUAAGUAAAGCCUUUGUAUUUGUGUCUCUAGCUCCAUUCCUAGGAGCAUGACAUGCAAGUAGCUUCCCUAACUGGAAUUUGUAUGUUAUACAAAGGAAUGAGCUAUAGAAUCCUAGGCUUUUGUUUUGUAACUCUCUUUCAUAUAUAAUACACACAAAUAUAUAAUGAUUAAGUGUCC